UAAUGAAUCAUACAGACGAAGAACUUUCACUUGAAUUUUACCAUUAUUUAUGUAACAUUGUUGGUUCAGAAGAUGUUGUGAAAAUAAGACGAGUUUUAUUCACGAUCAUGGACUAUGUUCACAAUGGUAAUGGUAUAAUCACUUUGAUAAGCAGUGGAAGUAAGGCAGAAGGUUUAGAUCUAAAAGGCAGUGAUUUUGACAUUAUGUUUGUGUAUGAUGUUUUUCAGGUAUAUGAGAAUAACAAUAAUGUGAUAAAUGGUCAUUUACAUAGGCAUUUUUUAAUGGAAACAAAUGACACAAAACCUGGGUUUACGAAAUUAAAGACGUGUCCAUUUUUUAAAAACAUACCUUUUUUGAAGACUUUUGGUGAUACUUUAGGCGAAGAAACUUUUAUCUCAAGCAAACGUUUUAAGGAAUUCUUUUUGGUAGAUGAUAUGAUUAUACAUGGUCCUUGCAUAUCUAAUUCAGUUUUCGAUUGCGCAUUUUGUAUCCGAUGUAAAGAAUGGAUAACAUCAGCUCAACCGUGGAUUAACAGACCAAGAUCUACGUGGCCAGAUUACAAACUUGUAACGUCGAUAGUGCAAUAUGGUGUUCUGUUUGUUCCUAUUGGAUCUAAAUAUUCACCUCACGAACACCUAGAAUGGCGAAUUUCAUUUUCAAUGGCAGAAAAACAAUUAAUCUAUUCUUUUUCACACACUCAAUUAUUAUGUUAUUCGUUACUAAAAAUUAUUUUAAAAGACAUAAUCAAACCGAAACAGGGUGACCUAAUUUGUUCAUAUUUCCUUAAAACAAUAAUGUUUUGGUUAAGUGAAGAGUCAUGUCCUUCAGACUGGAAACCCGAAUCAUUUUUGUCUUGUUUUCUGAACUGUCUUAGUCGACUGAAUUACUGUGUAGAAUACAAAACAUGUCUUCAUUAUUUCAUCCCAGAAUACAACUUAUUUGAGGAUAGAUUCACUGAUGACCAACAAGUAUCUUUACUGAAUACGUUGCAGCUUAUAUAUAUGUCACCAUGGACUGCCAUUUUCAAUACGUUGACCUUUCAAAAGUAUAUGUUAGAUACAAGAAAUGCACACGGGUUAAAACUGACAGCUUCCGCAUUGCCAUGUCUGAGUAUGUGUAAUGAUUUUUUUAAUAACGAAAAUUUAAAUCUAUCAGGAUUUGAAUCACCACUUAAACGUGCUAUAACAUGUUGUAUUAAUUUUCCAGACCAGGAAUUAUGUCAAUACGUGACGUCUUUCAUUUCAAGCCGAUGUACACAAUCAUAUCAUGCUCGGAAUUUUACAAGAAAUAACAAAUCUUUCUAUAAAUACAACCAUAUCAUAGUUGGUACUGUCAGGAUUGGGCUAUCUUUCGAUGUAUUGAACUCUUGGAUAUUGUUUGCAUCCUUUUUGUAUCAAUGUAAACGUUUCAAAGAAUGCAUUUCUAUAAUAAAUUACUGCUUAUCUAAGUGUUCUCCAGAUAAAAUACCGGGCUAUUUUUCACACGUUUGUUGCAGCUUAGAAAAACAGACAGUUUUUGAGAGAAUGCGUCAGAGAGUUGGUUUGUUAGCAACAUGUAAAAAUCUUAUCAUUCGCGAUGUUGUUUUCUACUAUCCCUUUACUUUACUUCCAAAAGAACUGGCAAGGCUACAGAGAAUACGUCGCAGAUUGAUUUAUGUUCCGUCUGUUGUUUACUGUCAUGUAAUAUUAUUUUUGUGUUUUCAUCAUCUUCGAGAUGACAGGGGGAAAUUAACCGCUCUUCGAGACCUUCAACUCACAAUAAGAGAAAAUUACUUCAUGAACCGUGGUGAGCCAUCAUUGUUGACAGUGUAUCAAUGCCUCGAUAUAGUAAAAGCAUUGGUAUAAUUGAAGUCCACUGAAGCGUUGAACAAUUUACCACUUUGG